AUGGAUAUGACUGCAUCAACCAUUGACAUCAGCACGGACUCACCCAGCUGCAAGGUUUCAAUGCUCUGGAACUGGAACACCGUGGAUGCAUGCUUCAUCUCCGAAUCCUGGCACAUCACAUCCUCAUGCAUGUUCGCCGCUUCCUGCAUCGGCAUCGUCUUUCUCGUCAUUUGUCUCGAACUCCUCCGUCGCAUGGCCAGCGAAUACGACGCGUUCAUCAUCAACCGCGCCAGGCUUAAAGCCGAUACCGGGGACGAUCGACCCGGCGUCACUUCCAUAGACGACACAUUUGCUGCCAGAAGACCAACGCCAUGGACACCAUCAGGUUCACUUUCAGCUCUGCCUCCAGUUCCAGAGUCACCACGGGAGUCUGAACCAACACCGGCUGCGCCAGCCUCAGCUACAAAACAGGACCAGACCCAAUUCAUCUUCCGGCCCAGCCAGGGUGAGCGGAUCAUCCGGGCCACCUUGCAUGUGUUGCAGUUUGCAGUGGCUUAUUUCGUGAUGCUUCUGGGGAUGUACUACAAUGGGUACAUUAUCAUUUGUAUCUUUGUUGGGGCGUUCGUGGGGUUUCUUCUCUUUUCGUCCGGGAAGGUGGUUGGUAAUGAGAACGACGCCACAUCCGUGACUAAAUGCUGCGGCUAG